CGCGGCGUGAUGGCGGGGAGCGCGCGCAUUCGUUCCAGCCGCUGCCCGCCAUUUUGGAUUCUCGCUUUAACAACAAACAAACGGGAAUGUAAAGCUAAAGUUAAAAUCAAGGUUGUUAAAUGAUAACACGAAAUUAAGUGACAUGUCGUGGACAAUUGAAAGUGACAUUAAACUCAUUAAUUUAGUUAAAAAAUAUGAUAUGUUUUACAAUCCUAAAAGCAGCGACUACAGAAAUGUAACGUUGAAAAGUGACGUGUGGAAAAGAAUUGGGAGUAUUCUGGACAAAACAGACGAAGACUGCUGCAGAAGGUGGGGCUACGUGAGAGGACACUACGUUAGACGGAGAGGAAAACCUGCGCCAAAAAGAUGUAGUGAUGUCGUCAAAAAUGGCUUAAAAAGAGCGAAGCUACUCACAUUCUUGGAUGAAUAUCGUGGUGACUAUUACAACAAUGACAGUAGUACUGAUCAGAGCGUCACCGAACCUCCGUCAAGCGAGGUCAGCUAUGAAAAUUAUGAUGACCUUGAUGAUGACGAAGACGAUAUUGUUGAAGUAAAACCAGAAAAGCAUGACAUUGUCGACCUAGAAGAUGACAGUUAUUAUAAAGAAACAGAAGAAAGGGAAAACGCUGAGCCGAAAGCAAGUACAGAAACGCCGAAUAAAGAUACUAAUUUGGAGAGUUUUGAUGAGACGGACCAUUUUUUUGCAUCAAUGGCGAAAAUUGCGAAGAAACUACCCAGACGUGAUCAAGUUAUGUUGCGAAUGCAAAUAGCUACGAUGGUUGGCAACGCUGAGUUGAAGCAAAUGGAAAACGAGCGCAAGUGAAUGUAUUUAACAAGUAAUUUGUGCAACAAUGAAGCGGUAACAGUGGCGUAGCUAGGCGUGGGUUAAGGAGCCUUUUGGCCACUGCCUCGCUCCGGUGCCAACCCUUUUUAUUAGAUGCUUUGGGAGAAAAGGGCCUCGGAGAUGCGACUUCACCUUCAGCUACUUCAAGUUACGGUCACCAUCGGUCACUAAGCGACAAGAUGCCGUGUCGUGUAAUAGUACAUUACUAUAGAGGCCGGGAAACGUAGGGUUGCAGGCCAACUAGAUAUAGACGGCUGAGGCUUUUCUCGCCGAGAUUUGUAUAGUGCUUUUCUCAAACUUGCAAGUAAAACAAAAAAAAAUGUAGUCAAUUUGUUUAGUGGCGACCUACUCGGCUCGCCACUCUACCAGCGGUGCCUUACGCGCGUAAGUCCGCGCGCCUGCGCGAUGCGCCACCGCCGUUGCUUAGCAACGAAUAUGCACAACAAAUCACCGUACCGUACCUAUAUUUGUUGAUGCUUGAAUGCCAAGACGUUGUGUCACAAUUUGACGUUAAAAAACAAAAGAAGGUUGCUUUACAGUCCUAGGCUAGGUGUGUAAGGCAGUAUGAAAUUCCUUUACAUAAUAUAUCAUCUUCACUCAUCGCAACUGAUAUGUAGUAUUUCCGGACCUAAUUUGACGUAAGUCACGUCAUCAUUUCAUAGCAAGUUUGAGAAAAUGACAUUUAUUCAUAAUAUUUUCCUUCUGCAAUUACUGUAAAAUAGAAUAAGUAUUUUAUGAACGUUACAUGCACCUAGGAUGUCGAUAUUGCUUGAAGAAUAGUCGCUGGAGCACAUAGUGUAAUGACAGUAAAGUAAGGACGGACAUUGGCUUGUUCCUACUUCUAUCGCACGUGCAUAAUAUUGCUAUCCCGCCGAUGAUACCGGCGGCCAAUGGCACUGUGUGAGUGGGACAGCAAUGUAAUAACGCAGGUGCGAUAGAGAUAGGAACAGAUAGAAAUUCUUCGUGCUUAGCGUCCUUGCUUUAAUGAGUGGUUGCACUUGUGGGUGAGAAUUGGAGGACGCAGUCAAAGAAGCCACCCAAUAAGGCGCUUAAUGAUCUGGUCAAGAUGGCAGGAAACCGUUGGAUGAAGGCAGCGUACGACCGAUCGCUGUCGAGAUCCUCGUUGACGCCUGUGUCGAACGUCUUUCGGUUGAUAUGAUGGCGAUGAAGUGUUACACUUGCAUUAACCUCUAGCGCCCUCCUAAAUUACCUGCAAUUAAAUUUGAAUCAUUACUAAAUGGAACAGAGUCGCCCUUGUAUUGUAACGUUCGAUUUUAAAACGAAAGAAUUUCAAUUCUGUUUUCUUAUACCAUUGAUUCAAAGGAGGAUUGGCAUAUUUGUAUGGACACUGGCCUAUGAAGCAAUAAGAAUAAGUGACCUACCAUCGGAGAGGUUUUUUUUAUACUCUAUUUUUUUUCUAUGGCGAGACUUGACACAUCCCUGUUAAAAAAAAUAUGACAAAAAUAAAUGUAAGAAAACGAAUAAAAACUAAAAUAUCGUGACACAACAUCAUUCACAAUAACAAAACCUUCAUGAUCUGCGACACAGGUACAGUAUCGAAAAAAAAACUAUAAGUAGGUACUAUAGUCACGUUUCAACUAACACUACUUUUUGCGGCGAUAACUUUUUUCACACAAAUAUUUGGGACUACCAGCCAUAGUAAAAGUGGUACAACUUAGAAUAACCUACCCGGUGACGUACCGCUUGCCCUUAUUGGUUACAUAUGCCAAUUUGCCUACCCUUCUUUGAUUGCCAGUUUUUCGUAUGGUCGGUCGCUAGAACUGAAAUCUGCUUGGCAGGUAAAUGUAUUAUUUAUAUUAUUUGACAACGCUGUAAGCGUUAUUUGAACAUUUUGCUAACAGUUGGUAUGGAUAUACCUAUACUAGCAUAAAUCUCCGCCUGAUAAUGUACAAAAAUGUUUGAAUAAAAUAGACGAAAUAUACAAAAAAA